AGUGAACGCCUCAUUGGGCUGAGGCAGGAUGACAGCGGGUUAGUUCGGAGGAAGAAGAGGACUACUCUCUCACACCGGACUCUCACUAACGACGGUUCAUCUGUUAAUGCUGCUGUCACAAUGGAUAGACUGGACGGCUCCCCGGAAAUGAAGAUGCAGAGGAGUUACGUCGAUCCACACAACCCCAGAGGCAGCCAUGACAGCUUGUUUGGAGUUAUGGUGAAGGUUCAAGGCAUUAAAGGGCAACCUUUUGUGGUAUUAAACAGUUCUGGCCAAGAAAGCCAUAGAGAUAUUUCAGUCAUCACUCACCAGGCAGGGUACAACCCAGGCAUGGUGAGGAGAUCUGUGGAUGAGAGAAGCUCCUCCUUAGAGCUUCAUUACCAGAAACAUCCAGAGAUCCUGAGACCAUACGACCCACGAAGCAACAACUUCAACACCCUCAACCCUACACAAAACCCUCAACCUGGGAGAACAGCUGACCCGGUCAAAGCCAGGAUGCCAAUUCCAGCUGAAGGCCUAUCAGAUGACCAGAACACACCUCCCUCAGAUGGACACAUGCCUGCGAGGUCCCCAAACACAGUGGACUCAGAGCCCUUUAUGUCUGUAGGCAAAUUAAUCAACCAGUUCAACAGCAGCCAGCGGAGGGGAAGGGGUGGCCCAAGGAACAGGCUGGACCCCGAGGACACUCGGAGGUCACGUAGCGUGGACAGCGGCCGAGCUUCCGACUCAUCAUCUUCCUCCUCUAGCAGAGCCUCCUCUCUAAAGGGAGGCAGCAGUGGAACUGUGACCUCAGGUGGGUGUAUCUAUCCUCCUGGAUCAGCACGGGCUCGCCUGCUGGGUGGAGAGACCACCAAGACAGAAGACCACAAGCACACUGCACCACCCAAAGCGCACCUUGGAAGUGACAUAGCAGUAAAACUACUUCACAGAACAAAGGACUUGUCUCAUCGUGACCACACCAAUGGAGCUGAGGAGAGAGACACUCAGGUCACUCCUGAUCUUCUGAAAGGACAGCAGGUGUUGGCUGAUCCAAAUGAAGAUGCAGCGAAACAGAUGCUCUUCACAUAUCUCAAGGAAGGGACGACUGACGAUGAGUUGGUCACCAAAAGGAAAGUCAACCUGUUGCUUGAAAAGAUCAACAGACUCAAGUGGAAAACCGCUGAGAAUGUGGAGGAAGAUGUGAAUGCUCAAGCAGCAGAGGUGAAACAGCUGCUCGAGAAACAAAAAGCACUGGAGUCACAAGUUUGUGACUUAAAGCAAAAAUUGGACACAGAGAUGAAGAAUGAAAAGACUCUGGCCAAAGCUUGUGAAAAGGCUAGGACGGAGAAGACAAAGCUGCAGGAAGAGCUGGCCAAAAGUCAGGCUGAGCUCUUCAAACUCAGGAACAAACUGACUGACCUUGAGGCACAACUUAAGUCUACCAAACACGAGUUGACUCAGAUGGUUGCAGAGAGAGAACGUUCUAAGGUGCAGAUGAAGGACCUCCAGCAGCAGCUGUCCGAUAUGCAUGAUGAACUGGACCAGUCCAAGAAAGCAGAAGUGAUACAUGAGGAGAAAGAAAUACUUCUGAAGGAUAUGGCGCAGCUGCGCGCAGACUACCAGGAGAUGCUGCUGGCGAAGGAGGAGCAUGAGGACGUUCUCCAACAGCAGGAGAAGGACCUCAGUGCCCUGAAAGAGGCCAUCAAGGAUGAAGUGGAAACCCAUGACAAAUACAUUGCUGCUCUUAAGGAAGAAUAUGAACUAGAGCUGCAACAUCUCUUGAGAGAUUUAGAGUUGGCUAAAGAGAGCAACAUUGUGCUGGGCAGAGAGAAGGUUGAGGCAUUGGAGGACGGAGGCGCUGCAAAAGAGCAGCUGAAGGAGCUGAGUCAGCAGAGAGAUCAACUGAAGGGAAAAGUGCAGGAGCUGAGCAGCAAGGUGGACAAGCUGAGCCGAGCCAUCCAGGAGUUGAAAGCCUCAGAGAAACUGCAGGACCAGCGAGUGAAGCAGCUGGAGAGAGAAAAGCAACAGUUGGAGGAAACAUUGCAGGAUGUGAGGAGGAAUGAGGAGGAAAUGUGUCAGUCCAACCGCUCACUCCUGACCAGGCUGGAGGAAGUGCAGGGUAAGCUGACCAAACUGAACCAUGAGCACAGGGACUUGAAAGAGAAGCUCAGGGAAGAGCGGAAACAAAUUGAAGAGUUGUGGAAGAGCAAAGGUGAGCUUGAGGAUGAAAGAAGGCUGCAGGACAGGACAGUGGAGCAACUCCAGAGGAAGAUGAAUAGCAUCAUGGAGGACUGCGAGGCGUCUACAGAUGUUCUUCAGAGCCAGGUCGACGAGGCCAAAGAGAGGAGUCAGAGGGAGUUGGCCGAUCUACGCAGACAGCUGCAGGAAAAGGGAGCUGAGCUGGAGAAAUCCAGAUUAGCAGCCAAAAAGCUUCAGGAUGAGCUGCUUCCUCUGGAGGAGGAUCUGCAGCGGUGUCACAGGGAGCAGCAAGAGGCCCAUUCCAGGGCCCGGCAGCUGGAACAAAGGGUGGAGGACCUGGAGGAGAGAAACACCACCACGGUGGAUGAGCGGGAGCGCCACGUCAAACUUCUGGAGGGGCGUAUCAGUCAGCUGGAGGAAGACGUGAAUGAUGAACGCAGCACUGCUGACCGCCUAAUGGAGCGAUUAGACAAAACCAAAGAGCAGAUGGAUCAGAUGAGGAGCGAGCUGAUGCAGGAGAGAACAGUCAGACAGGACCUGGAGUGUGACAACAUGAGCAUGGAGAGACAGAACAAAGACCUGAAGAGCAGGAUGGCUCAUUUAGAGGGAUCACAGAGGACCAACCAGGAUUCUCUGAUUGCCAAACUUAACAGCCGCGUUCAGGAACUUGAGGAGAGGUUGCAAGGGGAGGAAAGGGACAACAACAACUUGCAACAAGCCAACCGCAAGCUGGAGCGCAAAUUGAAGGAAAUGAAGAUGCAAGCUGACGAGGACCACGUCAACCUGCAGACCCACAGAGACCAGCUGACGCAGAGACUGAAGACGGCCAAGAGGCAGAUGGACGAGGCUGAGGAGGAGAUAGAGCGGCUGGAGCACACCAAGAAGAAGCUGCAGAGAGAGCUGGAGGAGCAGUUGGAGGCCAACGAGCAGCUUCACGGCCAACUUGACACGCUGCGGAAAGACAUGAGGCGCAAGAGGAAAUCGCCUCCUGUGAUUAAAGGUGUGGAGGCGGAUGGAGACAACCUGGACGACACUGGCUCUGAUUAAUUGGAUGAUAACAGAUCUUCUUUGGACUUAAUGAGGAGAUUGUUUCAGUAAUUCCAUUAACAACUUGUUACUCAGGCAUUGUGUUAAGACUGACCUCUAGUGGCAAUAUUUUUAACUACAAAACUACAGUGAACUUACACUUUUUUGAACAAACCUGAAUUUGCCUUUUUGUCUUAUUAAGGCGAUUCUAUGCUUCCAACUUUCUGGGAAGUGUUUAGUGAAGGCCCUUUUCUGUUCCCUCUGCGCAAAGCACAGUCCAUUAAGGGAUGAGAUUGGUGUGACAGAGCAAACUCGACCCCAUGAAAUAAUUUUACAACAAAGACGAAGCCAGCAGGCCCUCGUGCUGUUUCUCUGUCUUUUUAAACGUUCUUCAGGAUGAAUGGACAAACCUUUCCACAGACAUACUCCACAGUUUGUUUGGUUCCCAGAGGAGAGCAACAACAAAUUUCUUAAAUUUUUCUGAGGUCUGAAUACUUUUGUCCAUAUUGUGUUAUUCUUUCAUGAUGUGAGUUAAUAUAAAAGAUUUCCAGCUGAUGGAUCCAUGUACUUGAAUGCUUUUCCAAAUUGAAUUGCUGUUUAGAAACCUCCAGAAA